AUGGCCAUUUCCCCCCACGAUCUGCCUUCAGGCAGGAGGAUUCUCCCCUCCGGGCAGUGUCAGUGUGGCAGCGUGGCCGUGAUCGCCUCCGUGCUCCGGGGAAAAGCAGCCGGAGGCUCGACCGACGGACAUGGAGGCGUGAAUCAGCUGGGGGGUGUUUUUGUGAACGGCCGCCCCCUCCCAGAUGUGGUUCGCCAAAGGAUCGUGGAGCUCGCCCACCAAGGGGUCCGGCCCUGUGACAUCUCCCGGCAGCUCCGCGUCAGCCAUGGCUGCGUCAGCAAAAUACUUGGCAGGUAUUACGAAACCGGGAGUAUUAAGCCUGGAGUGAUUGGAGGAUCAAAACCAAAGGUCGCCACACCCAAAGUCGUCGAAAAAAUUGCAGAGUACAAACGCCAAAAUCCCACCAUGUUUGCCUGGGAGAUCAGGGAUAGACUCCUUGCUGAGCGAGUGUGUGACAACGACACCGUGCCCAGCGUCAGUUCAAUUAACAGAAUCAUACGGACGAAGGUGCAGCAGCCACCCAAUCAGCAGGUCCCAGCCUCCAGUCACAGCAUAGCCUCCACGGGGUCUGUGACCCAGGUGUCCUCCGUCAGCACCGACUCCGCCGGCUCGUCCUACUCCAUCAGCGGGAUCCUGGGCAUCGCCUCCCCUGGCACCGAGAGCAACAAGCGCAAGCGGGACGAAGGUAUUCAGGAAUCUCCAGUACCAAAUGGCCAUUCUCUCCCGGGCAGAGAUUUUCUUCGGAAACAGAUGCGAGGAGACCUCUUCACCCAGCAGCAGCUAGAAGUGUUGGAUCGAGUCUUCGAGAGGCAACAUUAUUCCGACAUCUUCACCACAACCGAGCCCAUCAAACCAGAGCAGGCAACUGAAUACUCAGCCAUGGCAUCGUUAGCUGGUGGAUUAGAUGACAUGAAGGCCAAUAUAACCAGCCCUACUUCUGCAGAUUUGGGAGCGAGCGUUCCGGGGCCUCAGUCGUACCCUAUCGUCACAGGUCGCGAGCUGGCAAGCACAACCCUCCCAGGAUACCCCCCGCACGUCCCUCCGGCCGGACAGGGCAGCUACUCCGCUCCAGCGCUGACAGGGAUGGUGCCUGGGAGCGAGUUUUCUGGGAGCCCAUACAGCCACCCACAAUACUCAACGUACAACGACUCCUGGAGGUUUCCCAACCCUGGACUCCUCGGCUCCCCGUACUACUACAGCGCUGCAGCCCGCGGGGCAGCCCCGCCGGCGGCCGCCGCCGCCUACGACCGCCACUGACCUGGAGC